AUGGCGACGACCCCUGAGUCGGAGCAGCCGCAGGUGCAGGUACAGGCCCCAGCCAAGGACCCCUCCGGGGCGCCAGAGACUCCCGUCCCCUUCGAUGUGGAGGAUCCCGAGCCGGCCAGGGACCAUGCUGUGCUCGGCAAGCCGUGGAUGUAUAAGCCGCUUUUCAAGAUCGGAAAAUGGGAAGCGCCGUGGUUCGCGUCGCCGGACAUGCAGCUGUAUCUGGUCUCGUGCGUCUGCUUCCUCUGCCCCGGCAUGUACAAUGCGGUGACGGGUCUGGGUGGCGGGGGCCAAGUGAAUCCGACCGAUGUGAACAACGCCAACACAGCCCUGUACAGUACCUUUGCCGUGGUGGGCUUCUUUGCUGGCUCCAUUGCCAAUCGCAUUGGUCUGCGGAUUACGCUGUCCCUGGGUGGCUUCGGGUAUUUCCUCUAUACGGCCGCGCUGCUCUCGUAUAAUAUCAACCAGAACGCGGGCUUCUUGAUCUUCGCGGGCGCUUUGCUGGGUGUCUGUGCGGGUCUAUUGUGGUGCGCGCAGGGUGCUGUGAUGAUGAGUUAUCCCUAUGAGCAUGAGAAGGGCAAGUACAUUGCGAUUUUCUGGGUAAUUUUCAACCUGGGGGCGUUAUUGGUCCCCCUCGGCCAAAAUAUGCACAGCACGGCCGGUAACGUGAAUAACGGUACCUACAUCGCCUUCAUGGUCCUGAUGGCCGCGGGUUUCGUCCUGUGCUGGGGCUUGGUCGAUUCCAAAUACAUCAAGCGCAACGACGGGUCGCGUGUGAUCGUGAUCAAGAACCCAACGUGGAAAUCCGAGUUCCUCGGCCUGUGGGAGACCCUGCUGAGCGACUCGUACAUUGUGUUCAUGUUCCCCAUGUUCCUGGCCAGCAACUGGUUCUACGGCUACCACUUCAAUGCCGUGAAUCUGGCCUACUUCACCGUGCGCACACGCGCCCUGAACAGUCUUCUGUACUGGCUGAUGCAGAUGGUCGGCGCCUUUAUCUUCGGCCAGCUGCUGGACUUGAAGUACUUCUCGCGCCCAACCCGUGCCAAAAUCAACUUUGGCCUUCUUAUGGCGAUCACCCUGGGCAUUUGGGGCGGUGGCUAUGCCUUCCAGAAGCAGUACACUCGGGAGACCGUCAAGGCGGACACGGACUUCACAGACAGCCACUACAUCGGCCCGAUGUUCUUGUACAUGUUCUAUGGUUUCUACGAUGCUGCUUUCCAGACUUGCACCUACUGGUACAUGGGAUCUCUCUCCAACAACGCCCGCAAGCUGGCCAACUUCGCCGGUUUCUACAAGGGCAUCCAGUCGGCGGGUGCGGCUGGAAUGUGGCGCAUGGAUGCCCAAAAGACUCCGUUCAUGACCGAAUUCGCUUCCUGCUGGGGCUUGCUCCUAGGCAGCAUGCUCAUCGCCUCGCCCGUGAUCUUCUUCAAGGUCAAGGAAAGCACCGAUGUCGAAGAGGACCUGCGCUUCUCCGACGAGACCGCCGCUGAAGUCCUCGGUGAUAGGGACGAGACCCCCGAAAAGCCGCACGCCGAGGAGGUCAACGGCAGCAAGGCGUAA